AUGGAGAAAGCUGGCACGAUAUCGCUGGACAAGGAGGGGUUGUACCUGGACAAGCUGCAGGUGGAGAAGGAGCGUGGCAUCACCGUGCGAGCACACACCACCUCGCUCGUCUACAAGCACAGCGAUGGGGAAUCCUACCUCCUCAAUCUCAUCGACACACCAGGUCAUGUGGACUUCACCUAUGAAGUGUCGCGUUCCCUGAAGGCCUGCCAGGGUGCCGUGCUGCUGGUCGACUGUACCCAAGGCAUUCAAGCUCAGACGGUAGCCAACUACUUUCUCGCGUGGGAGGCCAACCUCAAGAUCAUCCCCGUCAUGAACAAGAUCGAUCUGCCCACGUCAGAUCCGGCGAGGGUGAUAAAGGAGCUGGCCAACAUGGGAUUCGAAGAGUCUGAGGUUCUGAAGGCUUCGGGCAAGACCGGCGAAGGCGUGGAGGGCAUUCUCAAGGCGGUGAUCGAGCGACUGCCGGCACCGUCGGGAGACCCCGCGAAGCCGCUCAAGGCGCUCCUCUUCGAGAACUGGUACGACCAGUUCCGCGGGGUGGUGUGCCUCGUCAACAUCCUCGACGGCGCUCUCAAGAAGGGGGACCGUAUCGUGGCGGCGUCGUCGAACAAGGUGUACGAAUUGGAGAACGUGGGCAUCCUCUACCCCGAGCGCGCGCCUACCGGAGCCCUGUACACGGGCCAGGUGGGAUACAUCAUUGGAGGAAUGCGAAGCACGAAGGAGGCCCGCGUGGGCGAUACCCUCUACCUUGAGGGCGCGCCGGUGGAGCCGCUCCCCGGUUUCAAAUCCGCCAAGCCCAUGGUGUUCGCUGGUCUGUAUCCGGCGGACGGUGAGUCACUGGACCGGUUGACGGACGCCUUCGAGAAGCUCACCUUGAACGACGCCUCCGUGACCUACACCAAGGAGCGCAGCGACGCGCUCGGAAUGGGCUUCCGGUGCGGAUUCCUGGGGCUCCUGCACAUGGACGUUUUCCUCCAGCGAUUGGAGCAGGAGUACGGAACCGACGUGAUCGCCACCGCGCCGACCGUGCCCUACAUCGUCACGACGAAGGAGGGCCAGGAGAUCGUGGUCAACAAUCCGUCGCUGUUCCCCGAGCAGCACGACAUCCUCACCUGCACCGAGCCCGUCGCCGAGGCCCGCAUCAUCGCCCCCAAGGAAUACCUCAGUCCUCUGCUCCGCCUCUGCCUCGAGCGACGAGGCGUCCAGCAGGAGCUGUCGUACAUCGAUGAGGCGCGGCUGCACCUGCGCUACCGCAUCCCGCUGUCGGAGCUCAUCACGGACUUCAACGACAGCCUCAAGGCGCUGACGUCGGGCUUCGCCACGUUCGACUACGAGGAGGCCGGCUACGAGGAAUCGGAGCUGGUCAAGGUCGACGUGCUGAUCAACGGCAAGCCCGUCGAGGCCCUCUCGGCCAUCGCCCACCAAUCCAAGGGCGUCAACUACGGCAAGGACCUCGUCCAGAAGCUGCGCAAGGUCGUCAAACGGCAGUUGUUCCAGGUGGCGAUCCAGGCGUCGGUGGACGGUAGGAUCGUGGCUCGAGAAACGCUGCAGGCGCUGCGAAAGGACGUGACGGCCAAGUGCUACGGUGGCGACAUCACCCGGAAGCGAAAGCUGCUGGAGAAGCAGAAGGAGGCACGACGCGACCUCCCGCCAUGCAUCCCCUUCCAUGCCACUGACGUCCGCCCUGUGGGCAAGAAGAGGAUGAAGACCAUCGGCAACGUGCAGCUCUCGCAGGAUGCCUUCUACAGCAUCCUCAAGAAGGGCGACGAGUAA